GUCUUGAAGUGUUAGUUAGUGGGCAGACAUCUGUACCUCGGGCACUGCAGCCAGGGUACCAAACAAUACUGUGGACAGCUAUGCGUAGUCGUGUGGGCGGGUGUGUAAUGGUGGUGGGCGGUGGUGUGGUGGGCGUGGUGGGUGGGACGCAGAUGAUAGGGGCUCUGCUCCUGCUUCAGCCCACCCACCUACUGCUCUGCCUGCUGGCAGGAGUCUGGGCGUUGGCGAAUGGCAUGGGAGUGAUGGUGAGCAGCUGUUCUGACUACCACCACACACCAGGCUCCAGCAGGAGGCGAGUACUGAAGGUUCGUGUGAGUGUAGUGUCCGUAGCAGUGGUGUUGACGGCAGUGGCAGUGCUUCUGCAGGUGCACCACACUGGGAUAUACCUGUGGCCACACCAGUCCACUCUUCCCCACCACCUUUCCACUCUCUCCCAGACAAUGAAUCACAAAGGUGUGUGGGUGGUGACAGCGACGAGUGUGGCGGGGACUGCAGCCGCCUUGGUCUCCCUUGCUGCCACUUUCAUCCCUUGCCAUAACAUAGACGAAGACAGUAGUCUAAACCAAGUGUCGAUGCUGUCAUCUGGCUGGGUGUAUGAGCCUUCACCACUGCUGCCUCGCGUCUCUGAGACAGAAAAUGCAAGGAAAAGAAAAGUGCCUAGCAUGCAAAUCCUUGACCUUAUACCAGAAAAUGGCAGAAGCGGAGAAGCUGCUAGUGCCUCUACACUCUCUCACUCUCAACUCCGUGCGCAGGAUAGCAGUUCCUCUGAUGACUCGGGUAGUUACUGCGAGACUUGGCGCCAACCGUUCUACCGUGAAAAUGUUAGUGGGUCAAUGGUUCAUCUGCUAUCAUUCCAGCCGAGGGCUGCUUCAGGCGGAGAAACGAGCAAGACACACCAGGAAUACGUGAACAACAGCCAUACUUCACCUCUGUCUUACACUCAGUUGUUUCGCCUGAGACAAUCUGAUUCGUGGUCAUCGCCUUCUGGUUCAAGGAUGGGACGUGAUGAAGCGACGGCGAAUCAGGAACAAUAUUUAACACCUCUUUCGCCGAUUCCAAGAAUUGUCAUAACCUCUCCUAUUCCUAGCCAACAUUCUAUUAGCACAAACGGGCUUACGCCAAAACUGACGUCUUCCACGCCAGAAGACGCCUCGAGGUCCUCUCACCAUUCUGCUCCUGAGAAAAGCCUCCCAGAACGAUAUUCUCAGUCUGAGACGCUACCAUAUUUUUCCACCGACUUCAGAGAGCCAUUUCCGCAAACCUUUAAUGUUUCUAAGUCUUCAUGGUUUGAAAACAUUAACAUAAUUUACCACGAAGUUCAGUCUCCCUUGCGUCCACUCCAUGGCAGCCCUUUCCAAGAUGAAACCAUCUUGGAAACCCCUGAGCAGAAACAGCCUGCAUCAAACGCACUGACAUCAGCUUAUCCAAGUUCAUUCAAAGAUAUAUCUGUUUCGUCUGUCCCUAAACGUCAUGAUGUAAAUAAUCGCCAUCCUAGCCAUAAAUACAACCAGUUUCUUCCAGAAGACAUCAUUCUUACCCAGUGUCCAAAUUUUCGUGUGCCUCAGCUUCCGCUUACUAACUUUAGCAAUGAGUCAUCAACACCAUCCAACAACCAAGUUUUCACGUGUUUUGGACAAACAGCGAGUGUGUCAUACACCGCUGACAGCUGCGUGAAACUUAAUUCACCCAGGAUCAGUACCACUGACAGCAGUAGUAAGCCUACUAUUGUCAGGAACAACACAGAAGCCAGUUGUUCCACUGACAAUGGAACAACUGGCCAGGAACUGUGCAUCAGGCCUCACCUUAACAUUACACCUUAACAUAUUAUUCCGGUAACUUGCUUCUCUACUCAGCCUUUACUUGUACGGAGGAAUACAUCAGUUGACUCGCUUCAGAACUCAAAAUUUGUCCUAAUUACGAAAUAAAGCUCAAACACUAUCAUUCCCGACAUUAAAAUCAUUGCCUACCGGUCUAUCAGCAUGGACUACUCCAUUGUAGCAGAUUCCUACGACGUAUAUUGCCGGUUUUCUUUUUGGCGAUAAUUUAUCUAUAGAAAAUAUAUGUUUUUAAUGGGAAGGGGAAUUAUACAUGCCUCUAUUUGAGCAAUGUGUUGGUAAGGAUGUAUACCUACUUGCUGCUAAGUGAACAGCGGCAGCAGGUGUAAGGAAAUCCCUUACAUACUGAGGGGUCCGGGGAUCGACCCUGGACCCCUAGGGCAGUAUGUGAGGUGAAGACGUUAACAGCCAGGCCACUGACACGCACUUUAACUAAGAUACUUAUUGAGAUGAACAUUUACAGAAUAUUAAAUAUUUCUCAGCUAGUAUCAUUAAAUUAGGAAUACGUCUGUUCCUAAACCAGUGCGCCCUAGAACGCAGGUGGGAGAGAGACAUGAUUAUAUACACCUGGAAAA